AUGAAUCCAACUAAUCCCAAGGAGGCAGGUCUUGCAAUUUUUAACAUAAAACCUUUGGACCGGUUUAGUGGUCAAAGCACUUCCAUCAAAAGACCUAAGGAAAUUGCAUGCUUCUCUUAUGAUCAAGAGCGGAAUUUCAAGCUUGGGGACUCAUCUUUGGCCUACUACUAUCCACCGAGUCUACCUGCAGAUCUGAGUGCUGGCUUCCAUUCGUUCCAACAGCUAAAUGAUGUUCCAGAUGAGCAUCUGGAUGCUUUAUUGGAGACCAUUAUCGCACAAGAGAAAGAGUCAGGAAAGAAAUGUGAUGCUGAUAUCAUCACCUGGCGAGGGAUGAUGACCAAGAUUUUGACAGCUCCCUUCAGUACGAACGAUAGGUUUCUUCGAAAUGAAUGCGACUUGCUUUCAGGGAACAAUGUGCGUAUUCUGUCUGAAAUUUCUAUUGGCUACAUGGAACUUACAUAUCCAAUCAGAUUUAUCGAAGAGAAUAAUUCCUACAAGAACGAACAAAAGAAGAUUCAAUUACAGCAGCGACAGAUGCCACAAGGAAUGGCAUCGCAAGAGCUUAUGACAUAUUGGGGCUACAAAUUUGAAGUAUUAUCUGUCCUACGGAAGUCGUGGGACGAAACGUCCCGCGAAGAAAUCGAAGGCCGACCAAAUGAGGUUGUCAACAACAGUGCGCAGUAUUGCUCUGUGGUCAAGACUGGGUUUGGCAAAACCCGCUUAGUUCUUGGUGGAGAGGUCGAUGCAAUAUGGGAUUGCAAACCAGACCGCAAGGAAGACCCAAUUCACUGGGUUGAGCUUAAAACCAGUGCGGAGAUCUACAACACUCGUGAUAAUAUCAAGUUCCAACGAAAGCUUCUCAAGUUUUGGGCACAAUCUUUUUUACUUGGCGUUGCCACGAUCAUCAUCGGUUUCCGCGAUGCUCAGGGUAACGUGAAUAGAUUGGAAACGCUAAAGACUGCUUCUAUCCCCGGAAAGGUCAUGAAAGAGGGAAGGGGUUUUUGGGAUGGAAACAUCUGCGUCAACUUCACGGGAGAAUUUCUUGAAUGGCUUAAAAAUAUUAUUCAAGGUGAUGGGGUAUGGAGGAUUCGGAAGCUCCCUAAAUCUGAUACCAUCCAAAUCUACAAGCUUGAGGAGUCCGGUAAUGGCGAUAUUCUUUCACAAAGCUUCAUUACCUGGCGGCUGUCUGAGCUGGGUACGAAGUCUUGA